AUGCCACAUCAGCAGCAGCAGCAGCACCAGCAGCAGCAGCAAACGCCGCAGCAGCAGCAGCAGCAGGUGAUGCAGCAGCAGACUACCGCGGCGGCUCCGACCCAGGCUGCUCUCCUCGCCCCUCGUCAACCGCCCGCCAAUGCUGCGCCGGCGGCAUCUGCGGGCGCAAGAGGAGCGUUCGCAAUGCCGCAUCAGCAGCAGCAGCAGCAGCAGCAGCAGCAGCAGCAGCAGCAGCAGCAGCAGCAGCAGCAGCAGCAGGUGAUGCAGCAGCAGACUACCGCGGCGGCUCCGACCCAGGCUGCUCUCCUCGCCCCUCGUCAACCGCCCGCCAAUGCUGCGCCGGCGGCAUCUGCGGGCGCAAGAGCAGCGUUCGCAAUGCCGCAGCAGCAGCAGCAGCAGCAAACGCCGCAGCAGCAGCAGCAGCAGCAGCAGGUGAUGCAGCAGCAGACUACCGCGGCGGCUCCGACCCAGGCUGCUCUCCUCGCCCCUCGUCAACCGCCCGCCAAUGCUGCGCCGGCGGCAUCUGCGGGCGCAAGAGCAGCGUUUGCAAUGCCGCAGCAGCAGCAGCAGCAGCAGCAGCAGCAACAAACGCCGCAGCAGCAGCAGCAGCAGGUGAUGCAGCAGCAGACUACCGCGGCGGCUCCGACCCAGGCUGCUCUCCUCGCCCCUCGUCAACCGCCCGCCAAUGCUGCGCCGGCGGCAUCUGCGGGCGCAAGAGCAGCGUUCGCAAUGCCGCAUCAGCAGCAGCAGCAGCAGCAGCAGCAGCAGCAGCAGCAGCAGCAGCAGCAGCAGCAGGUGAUGCAGCAGCGGACUACCGCGGCGCCUCCAACAAUGGCUGCUCUCCUCGCCCCUCGUCAACCGCCCGCCAAUGCUGCGCCGGCGGCAUCUGCGGGCGCAAGAGCAGCGUUCGCAAUGCCGCAUCAGCAGCAGCAGCAAACGCAGCAGCAGCAGCAGCAGCAGCAGCAGCAGCAGCAGCAGCAGGUGAUGCAGCAUCAGACUACCGGGGCGCCUCCAACACUGGCUGCUCUCCUCGCUCCUCGACAGCCGCCCGCCAAUGUUGCGUUCGCCUUGCAUCAGCAGAAGCAACAGGGGUUUACCACGCCAAUUGGCUCACCCACAUCUGCCCCAUUCGCCUCACUGCUACAAACUCCAGUUGAACCGGCUACUGCAGAUGCUACCGUUGCUGGACCGUCGGGCCACUCUAAUCUCUUUCUGCACACCAAUUCUACCCUCGCCACCCACAAUCCCUUACAUAUGCAGGCUCCACCAGCACUAGCCAACGCCACACACGGCGAGACUAUGCCGCCUGCUAAUGCUGACAUUCAUUCCAUUCCCGGCACGUCUACCCGCAGCGUUGAAGAGCACGAUUAUACAAGUUCCGACUCGAACGACGUUUUCGGUUCUCCGGAUGAUGACUCACCCCAAGCCCCGCUCGAUACACAGCACUACUCCAUCCAGCCAGAGACUCACAUGCCGGCCUCUCCGCAGGUCAAUGUGCCCGACCUUGCAGGUGCCCUUCCACCUACUCCCGUCCUUCCAUCUAUCCCAACAGGUGUUGUGGACCCGGGCACUUUGGAUGUGGGUGACAAUGCAGGGGAUGAUGAUCUAUUGGACAUUCUGGCCCCCCGUGUUGCAGGAGUUCCAGUGACCAGAGCAGAGUUCGAUGCCAUGGCUGCCCAUGUCCGAAAUCUGCAGCGUGAAAAUCUGACGCUGCAGAACCAGUGGGCCAGCCGCAGGGGCGAAGGGCACAGUCGUGAGGAGCAGAGGCAGUCGUUAGCACCGGCACUCAUCCUACCUCUCUCCCCCCUCCCCGCCACUUCCCCUUCCUUUAACCCAUCCUUUCUGCCCACCCCCCCUAUCCCCCUUGCGCGCAGAAUCAACUGGGCCAGCAGCAGGGGAGAAGGGCACAGUCGUGAGGAGCAGAGGCAGUCGUUAGCACCGCCACUCAUCCCACCUCUCUCCCCCCUCCCCGCCACUUCCCCUUCCUUUAACCCACCCUUUCCGCCAACCCCCCCUCUUCCCCUUGUGCGCAGAAUCAGCUGGGCCAGCAGCAGGGGAGAAGGGCACACUCGUGAGGAGCAGAGGCAGCCACUCACCUGCACUUAUCUCACAUCUCGCUCCCCUCACUGCUCGUCCUCUUCCUUUGUCCGUGCACCUAUCACAACAGUCCAAGGGUCGUUCAACCUGUGGAUAUGGCACAUGAACCAGCAAGGCAUCCCAUUCGCAAGCCCUGAGUUUUUGCGAGGCAUUUCAGCCUCGUUCAGCCGCCCCGGGCACAGCGUGAUCGUGCUCCUCCUCAAGCACAUUGCCUUCUGGCUCUGCGGGGUCGAGAUGAAGAUUCAAGGGGUCAGGCAUGCAGCCGAGCAACAGAGACAACCGCGCCGCUGUUGA